AUGGUUGAGUUAGGUAUUGGGUCGAACUAUGAGACAUGGAUAUGCGACACCUCGGUUAGGUUACUCAUGGGUUGGACAAAGAUCAGUCUUUUGGAAUAUCUUGGCUCGAGCUUAAGUCCUCAACAGCCUAACUAUGUUCGAUCUAGCAUGGCAAAUGGGGUGUAUGUCGAGACGCUCGACUUGAGAUGGGCACAAAAUUUUGAACUAGACUAUUUCAAAGGAGAUGCCGAUACAAAAACGAGUUUGGAGAAGAUCAAGAGGCAGCUGGCAUCGAGCUCCGGUAGAAAUUUGCUGCAAGGGCCUCUCCUCAAGCGAUCCGAGACGCUGAGAAAGUGGAAUGAGAGAUGGGUAAUUUUAGACCCAACAACUGGGAAAAUGGAGUACAAGAUCAGGAGAAAUGAACCAACAGUCAAAGGAACCAUGGUAUUUGAUGCAAACAGCACCAUAACAAUUUCCCCUGUAAAUUUACAUGCCACGCAACUGGUUCUGAAGGCUCAUAAAGAAGCAGUGAACACCUUAAGUGGAAAUGGGUCCACGAAGUUAGGAAUAGUUGCCACUGUUGUUGCUGCUGCCAAUUCGACAGCCUUGGAAGCUUCCAAAGAAAUUGAAGCUGCUAUGCAAAUUUCUAUGAGGAAUGCCUUGGGAGCUAUGUUGACUAAGACACCUGAAUUUCCUUUGGAUGAUUUAUCCAUCAUGAAGGAAACCCUGAGAGUGAAAGAUGAAGAGCUGCAAAAUUUGGCGAGGGACCUUCGAGCAAGGGAUUCAACAAUAAAGGAAAUUGCUGAAAAACUUACUGAAACUGCUGAAGCAGCUGAAGCUGCAGCAUCCGCUGCUCAUACUAUGAACGAGCAAAGGAGAAUUGCUUGUGCGGAGGUCGAACGUUUAACAAGAGAAUCUGAGAAGCAGCUGGAGUCAUCUAAACUAAAGAUAAGAGAAUUGGAAGAGAAAGUCCUGAAUCUUAGCACAGAAAAAGAUAACUUGAUAACACAAAGGGACUCAGCUCUUCAAGAGGCUCAUUUAUGGCGUUCGGAGCUUGCAAAAGCUAGAGAACGAGAGGUGAUAUUGGAAGGAGCUGUCAUCCGAGCUGACGAGAAGGUCCGGGUUACGGAGGCUGAUGCCGAAGCUAGAAUAAAGGAAGCCAUAGAGAAAGAAUCUGCUGCUGCCAAGGAAAAACAGGAAUUGCAUACAUAUGUAAAUUUAUUGCAAGAGCAACUCAAACGGCAGCAAGUUGAGACCAUGCAAGUCCAUACCGAGAAAACCGAGCCUUGUUCUGGCAUGGAUGGCGAUUUAACACUAACAAAGCACAUGAACCCAUCUCAAGAGAACGUGGAUAAAGCAUGCACGAGCAUCUCUAGGGCCACGACCGAGGCCCGGAUAGCCGAUGUUCGGGAGGUGGGGCCCGAUGCGGAUAGGAUGAGCCUCGACAUCUCCGUGGUCAACUUCCCAGUCAACGGCCAUCAGGACCACCGUGGAUCUUCUGAUCAGCCUUAGGCCCGAUGAUGCAGUCGGAGAUCCAACGGUCCAUAUCUCGUCUGGAGUAUUAUCGAAAAUUUGGCGUGCUAUUUCUUGCAAGGUGGGUGUUCUUGAAUUUGCAGUGUUUCUGCUGACUGGUGGUGUGGACUUCUUGCAUGGUGAAUCCCUUUUGAAAAUUCUACAUAGUGUCCAAAUUUCCUGCACAAAGUUGGUCAAGAAAUAUUUAUAAGAAGGCUAACCAAGAGUUGGUGUUGACUAUAAUCUCUGUAAAAUAGUAGUAAUAAGUUAUGCAAAUAUCUUAAUUAGAACCCACUUUCCCAAUUUGGAACUCCUUUUCUUGAAAGUCCAGAAAUUUCCUUUCUAAAUGGUCAAAUUAACACAACAGAAAAUGGACAGAGAAAAAUGACCAAGUUCCACACAAUAGUUCUCUACAAUAAUCCGUAUAAAUCAUAUAGCUUGAUACCAUUUUUUUUCCAAAAAAAUUUAAUCAUUUUUAAUCAAAUACUUUUUUAACUCAACUUUAACUCUACCAGGCUAUCCUCAAUAUUAUCAAUAUA